AUGUCGUCAAACGGGCACACGGCAAAAGACACGGAGGUAACCUCAACACGACCUGCCGAAGACCCACUGGUCCAGACCCUCAGGAGACCAUCUGAGGCCGAGGCCUUCAGGGAACAGGCCGGAGACCCCCCGCUCCAGACCCUCAGGAGACCAUCUGAGGCCUUCAGGGAACAGGCCGGAGAGCCACCGGUCCAAACCCUCAGGAGACCAUCUGAGGCCGAGGCCUUCAGGGAACAGGCUGAAGACGCAGAGGUGUCAGGGUUCAUGAGUCAAGAUGAAGUGGACCGGCCCCAGAUCGACACGAGUCCAGAGACUGUCCCACCAGAGAACGGACCACGGAUGGGGACCCGGGCUGAGACCCAGGCUGAAACCCGGGCUGAGACCCAGGCUGAAACCCGGGCUGAGACCCAGGCAGAGACCCCGCAGCAGAAAGCACAGUCGGUUGCUACCAUGGUGUCGGAGAAGAUGGGGCGGCCUCGGCUGCGCAGCAGGAUCCCGGUGUUGGUGUCGGAGGAGGACUCUGGCUCCGAGCGCUCGUUUUCAGCCUCAGCCCGAGCGCGGCUCCAGCACAGGGCGCGGCACAUGGGGCUGGCCCGACUGGUGGUGGAGAAGGGGAGGUGGGCGGGCCGCAGGAGGGGCCUCUCUGGGACCUCCUCCUCACUCUCCUCUGGGGACGAGGAGAAGCGGAACACAGCGUCAGAGGAGGACCACAGCAGAGACUACACUUCAGACGAGUCUCGCUCCAGACUGAGGACCACAGAGGAGCAGGGGCCCCGAGAAGGACGGAGCCGCAUCCCACAACCGCUGACCCCAGUUAAGAGGCCCGUGGCUGAGCUCACCGCUGCUGCCAGCCCCCCUCCUGCCCCCAUAGGCUCCAGCGGGUACGUGGGCCAGGACUGA